CACGUGUCAACGUCUACUGUUGGUGAGAGCAUCGCAGCGUCUUCCAGCACCUCGACAACUUCGACCUCGGCCGCAGACCGGCUGCCACUCCAGUACAGCGCCAACCUACGCCCUCGCUCUGGAAAACGCAAAAGAACGCAGGAAAACAAGCGCGUGGUGCGGCGCUUCUCAGCAGUAAACACGGACGAAGAGGAGAAAAUUGGCGAAGUACCAGACGGUCAGAGUCCCGGAACGGAAAGCAACUCUCUCAAGACUGACGCUGCUGAUAAACCCAAGAAAAAAUGUCGUAAUUCUCGUCGGGCACGGGCACACUCGUCAAGAGUUCGCAUAUUAAAGGACGUCGGAAGCCUGCGGCAAGACUUUGUUCUCUACUUCAGUAGUGACAACCCGGAUUCUGUCGGUGUGCGCGCGCUCGCGGAGUACUUCACGCGAAAAUACAAUUUCCAAGUCAUUACGAGUGCCGACACGCGGGACUGGGCGCGCGCCCUGAAACUCGAAGGAGAGGUUGACAUAGAGUCGGUCUUUCAGGAGAACUCGUCCGAGGAUUUGGUCGCGCAAGAGGCGCAAAAGGCUUCCGGCACUUCUAGGAUCAUGUCCGGCACCCGAUAUGGUAGUCUCCCGGACUUUCAUUUGUUUCUCGAACUCUUUCUGGUGUCCAUCAGCAACGUCCUGAUUGGGUCGCCGUGGAGCAGUUUGUUUUGGCUGUUCAAGCGUUUCCGCAAGAUCGUGGAAAGAAAGAUCUUACUUCACCGCACCGUGGACUUUGUCACCUGCGCGGGGCGGAUUCGGUCAAAUGAGCUGCGGUUUGCCGAUCCCUGGUUGAUUCUCUGUCGGCCAGAGAAAAGCGUCACGGCGUUUGAAGGAGCAGCAUUUGCGGUCGAUGACGAGGGCACAAGAAAAACUGCAGAUGAAGGUCAGGCUGGCGGAACAUCUUCAGCGGAUAGCGAGCAAAUACGUGAACAAGACCACAUCAAUCCCAACAUUCACGAGGAAGACCAUGUUCGACCCUUCUACGAGCAACUGGGCUACUUAGUCGGAUCACCGUCUAUGCACUUGGUUCCGCCUGCUGUCCAGAAGUCUGUUCAGCAAGACAGCGGCGACCGAGUUCUUGUGCAAGAUGAGCCAGUAGACGCAGGAGCUGCACGAGCAGCAGAUCAUAGCCGCUUGCCCGUCACGUACAGUACCGUGGAGCGUCAGAAGCUCUCUCACGUUCGCUGGGAGGAGAUGCGAAGCGUGGCGUUGCCGUCGUUCGUGACGAGGAACGCACCUGAGAUGUUCGGUGACAUCGACGCCGGAUCCGUGUUUCCCACCGCUUUCUACGCGUUUGACCUCUGGUCGUGGAUGGAGAAAUUGGCGGGGUUGCUGAACUGGAUACACAGCUCCGCAUUUGCGGAAGAGGCUCGCGAGGUGUUUCAACUCGGCGGAGGUGCAGAAGGUUCUGCUGCAAGUAUGGCUGGUGAAGAAAUUAUUGCUGAAGAGAGGGAGGCUACUACUAGUGCUCCGUCGGAGACGACGAGACAGCAGCCCUGGGGCGAGUUUCGUGCAGUGACGCACGUCAAUCCAGAGCGUGACUUGAAGGAGUCCAAGCAGUUUUCCACGAAGCUACGCGUGUUCCUGACCCUUCGAGAAUCGACCAGACAGGAGCAGCUAGCGAAUAAAGACAAAGAUCCCGCCGGGAGGUUUCUUUCCUCUCUUGCGAGUCGCAUCUUGGGGAAUGUGGCCCUGCAAAUGAACAUAAACAUGGAUGAAGAAGCCGAAAACUACAAGAGCCACGUCUUCGAAACCGACGAGGACACGCCAAAUCCACGUGGUGGCAAUAACGACUUACUAUCGCCGAUUUUGGUCGAUGACGAAGUCGACAUUCGGAAUGCUUUGACCGAUGGAAAUCAAAAGUGGUCGCUGGGCGAGAUUGUUUUGGGGGUCUGGAACCAAGAAACCUUUGUUCGCACAGAAGGCGACGCGAGCUUGAGUUGGUUGCUUUACCUUCGGUUCCUCAUCUUGUUCCUGACGCAGGCCAAUUACAGUGAAAAAGAGUGUCGCCGCGAAGUUGCGGUGUUCGCGCACGCCACUUGGCUCUUCUUCUGGGUCUACACGCGCGAGGCGGAAAAACACAUUGCAGCAGAUAGUCAACACGAACACCAAGCAGUAACAGGUUCUUCCUCACGAACGAUUCGCGGUACUAUAUUCCGGUUGGCAAAAAUCUGGCAGGAGCCAGCAGUCCGAUACUUACGUCAGCUUGCGGGUCACUUGAAGAAAACUCGUUGUCAGCCGCAGUUCGUCGCACCGCUCCGUGGCGACUUCGUCGAUGCAAAUCUACGGGUCCAGGACCAGCACCAGACUCGGAAAAGUUUCGGGAAUCACAUCGCCAUAGACUACUACAGAGAGUCCUUCAAAGGCUCAGUUGCGCCACGCGUUUCACGAAAAUCUUGCGCGCGGGUGGCACAUCAAUCUGCAUCAAAACGUAUAGAAAGUUCAUCCCGACAUCAAGCAGAGCCACGAUGGACACCGUUUUCGCCACCCACGUUCGAAACUUACAAUUCGAAAGUGGAAACGUGUUCGUUCGGCGGCCUUGCGGAUGUAAAGUUUGAAGACGAGCACUACCUGUCGAUCCCAAUACGUCCGAAGAUGGAGCGGCUGCUGCUUCGGCAGAACAACCAUGUCCUGGACGCGGGACAAGGGGGAACAGAUCAUUGGGAUGAUGCUUCGAAUCUGGCUUGGGUUUGGUGCGAUGCACAAGGUGAGGUCUUGGAGAAGAGCGCAAGAUUUGCAGAAUCCGAAUCCUACUUCAACUUCGGAGCAGCUCCUAAAGCGGAUCGACUAUGCGGCGCGGCAACCAGAAAUGCAGCGAAUGUCGUGAAAGCGCACACUUUAUCAAAUGAGAAUCGCGAUAAAGUGGACGCUGAUGCGCAUGCGCCCCACGCUGCCUCUGCUACUACAUAUAAUGACGACUGGGUGAAUUUUUUGAAAAAGAUUCAGCAAGUGAUUCGUUGGGACCAACACGCGUCCUGGUCCUACACCUGGAUAUGAACAACACAGAUAAUGAUAAUCUACAGCUUCACAACAGUGAGUGCGGAUCAU